AUGGCAAAAAAGCUGCUGAUGCUUCCCACGAUAUUUGUAAAACGUAUGGUGUUAAUACCUUAUCGCAGAGCAUAUGUGAAAAUUGGUUUGCAAAAUUUCGUUCUGGCAAUUCUUCGCUUCAAGAUGGGCAACGUUCUGAUCACUGAUCAUGAUAAUUUGAUGAUAUUGAUCGAUGCUGACCGUCAUGUGCCAGGUUCUCGCACUCCAGCCCAUCAAGAGAAUAACUGCUUCGCUUCGAUAAAUAUCAAUGUUGGCCCCGGUGAUUGUGAGUGGUUUGGGUGCCCAUAUGAGUAUUGGGGUGUAAUCGAACGAAUGUGCAAAAGACGAAACCUCGAUUUCUUAAAAGGCUCGUUUUGGCCUAACUUUGAAGACUUAGUAGAGGAAAAUGUUCCUGUUUACAGGUUCACCCAAAAGGCUGGUGAUCUUGUGUGGGUAGGAGGUGGUUGUGUUCACUGGGUGCAGGCUACCGGCUGGUGCAAUAAUAUCGCAUGGAAUGUUGGUCCUUUGACCGUUUCACAACUGGAGAUUUCAAUUUUCAGUUAUGAGUGGAACAAGUUGCAGAGUUACAAAUCUCUCGUUCCAAUGCAACACUUAUGCUGGCAGUUGGCAAAGAAUAUUCGAUUCACGAACCAGAAGGUGUUUAGUUUGAUAAGAGGACAGCUGAUCAGAUCUCUUGCCUUUUGCAAAAUGGUGGCAGAUCUUGCUGCUUCUCGUGGAAAACAGCUCAAACCACAACCUCGUGCCAAGGGAGAAAUUACUCAUUACUGUACCCUCUGUGAGGCUGAAGUGUUCAAUAUUUUGUUCGUGAAGGAAAUCAAUGGGAAAUUUCCCGUUUACUGCGUUUACUGUGCCAGACGAGCCGGACUUGAUGACUUUAUAGUCUUACAACAAAUGGGUUUUCACGAUCUCACCAAGAUCUUCGAUAAUAUGCAAAUGAAUUUAAUUCAGAAAGCUGCCCUUGUCUGUUGA